GUCACUUCUCCAAGUAGUGAAUCAUGUGGACAGGGUGCAUUGCAUUUUAUUGGUUUCUUUUCUUUCUUUCUUUUUCCUUCAUCCAGAGCAUUCGUAACCGAGGCACAUUUGCCUUUUGCAACUAAGCUGUACAGAAUUCCAAAGCCAUAGAAAUAUCCAUUUUAACCUGGAAAGUCCUUUUCUUUGCUAGUCCAGAAGAUUUUUUAACAUGAACAAGAUCCUCUCAAGCACUCUUUGCUUUGGACUCCUAACUUUGUCAUCUGUGUUGAUCUUUUUACAAUCUGUGCAUGGACGGCCAUAUUUUACCCAAGGAAACGAAAUACUUCCAGAUAAAAAUUAUCCAAAUCGUGAGGAACUGUUGCUGGCUCUACUGAAUAAAAAUUUUGAUUUCCAAAGACCUUUCAACACUGAUCUAGCAUUGCCUAACAAACUGGAAGAACUUAACCAGCUGGAAAAACUAAAAGAACAGCUAGUGGAGAAGGAUUCUGAGAUGUCCUAUGCUAUAGAUGGUCUAUUCUCUUCUCAUCCUAGCAAACGAGCUUGCUUUUGGAAAUACUGUGUUUAAAGCUUUUUCUCAGGAUGCAAAGAAAGAUAAGAAUAUCAGGAAAAGAUAUGUAUCUACCCACUCUACUGU